GUUGAGAAAGCAAUCAUUAAACACCUCAAAGUUCUUCGUGACAAUGGAGCAGUCCUCACCCUCAUAACAAUCCGGGCUAUCAUGAUUGCAAUGAUCUCUGAUUUGGCACCCGAGAUUUUCGAUCACCAAGCAAAAGAUGGUUCCCAGUUUCAGUGCUCCGAUACCUUCGUACGGUACUGGUUGCACAAUAGCCUGCAUUGGUCCGAGCGACGUACAACACGGACUGCACAAAAAACUCCAACCAAC